AUGAAAUUGGCGUUACUUAGAGAAGACAGAAAUAUAAUAUUAGCUGUACGCAAUGAACUGAGACAAAAAGUUGCAUCGGGUGAAGAAUAUAAAGGAAACCUUGAUCCACAAUCUAAGGCAGUUAGAAUGCCAAAGUUGAUAAGAUUGAAAAAUGAUGAAAUAAAAAAGUUUGAUGCAAAUAGAGUUAAGCAAUCAUUUGAAAUGCAAGUGGAGACAGAUAAUUAUACCCAAAUAGUCUGGGCUAAAACAACAGAAAUUGGUUGUGGAUUUACAAGAUAUAAGAAUAAUCAAUGGAAUACGAACUAUUUAGUUUGCAAUUACGAUCCAGCUGGAAAUAUAAGAAACGAGAGUACGUAUGAAAUUGCAAAUUAAAUAACUCUGAUAGAUUAGAAAUGUAAUA